AUGGACGCUGCCACGCUUCUCGCUCACUCUUUGUCUCCUGAUCGCGCUCUUCGUGAAGAUGCUACCCAAAAGCUAGAGAUGGUGGCGCAGGAAAACUACGCCAGCUAUGUUUGUCAGUUGAUGGAACAAUUAGCAAGCCAACAAGCUGAGGAGACGAUUCGUAUUGCUGCUGGUCUCGCCAUCAAAAACAGCCUCUCUGCCAAGGAAUAUGCACGCAAGGAACAACAGGCUCAACGUUGGUUGUCAGUGGAUGAGAAUACUAGAUCCCAAGUCAAGCAGGGAGCUCUCAUGACAUUGGCAUCACCUAGCAAGCGAGUUGGUAAUAGUGCGGGUCAGGUUGUUGCCGCCAUUGCAGAAAUCGAAUUGCCUCUUGGUCAGUGGCCUGAUCUUAUCCAAGUGGUGCUUCAAAAUGUGACUGGCUCGGAUAAUGCAACUCUCAAAGUUACAACAUUGCAAGCUAUCGGUUAUGUGUGUGAAGCAACGGAUCCUGUUGUUCUUCAAAGCCAAUCUAAUGAGAUUUUGACCGCUGUUGUUCAAGGAGCCCGAAAGGAAGAGCAAGAUGCUGAAGUCCGACUUGCAGCCCUCCAUGCAUUGAACAACUCCUUGGAAUUCGUUAAGGAUAACUUUGAACGAGAGGGUGAACGUAACUUCAUUAUGCAAGUGGUUUGUGAAGCUACCCAAAGCGAUUCACCAGAGGUCCAAGUCGCAGCUUUCGAAUGUCUUGUUCGUAUCAUGCAACUCUACUAUGACAAGAUGCAAUUGUAUAUGGAGAAGGCCUUGUUUGGACUUACGAUUGCUGGUAUGAACCAUCCCGAUGAAAAGGUGGCUCUGCAAGCUAUUGAAUUCUGGUCUACGGUUUGCGAUGAAGAAGUUGAACGCAAAGAAGAGGCUUUCGAGGCUGCUGAAGCUGGUGAGAAUCCUGAACAUCCACUCUACAACUUUGCCGAUCUUGCAUUGGGUGAUAUCUUGCCAGUGCUUUUAUGGCUUCUUACCAAGCAAGAAGAAGACGAAGAUGAGGAUGAAUGGAACGUAUCCAUGGCUGCUGCUACUUGUUUAUCUUUGUUUGCUCAAUGUGUACGCAACGCCAUCAUCUCCCCUACCGUUCCAUUUGUUGAAAGCAACAUCCAAAACACUGAUUGGCGUUACCGUGAAGCCGCUGUCAUGGCAUUUGGUUCGAUUAUGGAUGGUCCUGAUGACUCGGUGCUCCGCCCUCUUGUUGAUCAAGCUCUUCCCACUCUUAUCAACAUGAUGACUGAUCCUGUUGUCAAUGUCAAAGAUACCGUUGCUUGGACCCUUGGCCGCGUAUGUGAACUUCUCAUCAACUGUAUCAAGCCUGAGAUCCAUCUUCGUGAUAUGAUUUCCGCUCUCGUCCUUGGUCUUCAAGAUAACCCUCGCAUUGUCGGCAAUUGCUGCUGGUCGCUUAUGAACUUGGCUGAACAACUUGGCCCUAUGCUUGGUGAAGAAAUGCCUUCAUCAACCCUUUCAAUGUACUUUGAAGGCAUCGUCACAGCCCUUUUGCAAUUCACUGAACGUGCCGAUAAUGAAGCCAACUGCAGAACCUCAGCUUACGAAGCCAUCUCUUCGCUUGUCAUGUUCUCAGCCAACGAUUGUAUCCCAAUGGUCCAAAAGAUUGUGUUGACGAUUCUUGAGCGCUUGGAUGCAUCAAUUGCCAUGGAGAACCAAAUUGUGGGUGCUGAUGAUCGUGCUGAUCAUAGCGAGCUUCAAUCAAGCUUGCUUGGCGUGCUUACAAACUGUAUUCGUCGUCUUUCGCAUGACAUUGUAUCGAUUGCCGAUCGUAUCAUGACAUUGUUGCUUCAGCUCCUUAACAACCAAUCCAAGCAAGCUACCACUACUGAGGAUGCCUUCUUGGCUGUUGGUGCCAUGACCAGUGCCUUGGAUGCUGAUUUUGCUCGUUACGCAGAGACCUUUGUACCUGUGUUAUGUACUGCUCUUCAAAACCCUGCCGAAUAUCAGCUUUGCUCGAUUUCAGUUGGUCUCAUUGGUGACUUGUGUCGUGCCUUGGGUGAAAACGUUGUACCUUAUUGCACCACUUUUAUGCAACUCCUUGUCCAAAACUUGCAAAGCCCCAUUCUUCACCGCACUGUCAAGCCCAAUAUCCUCUCAUCCUUUGGUGAUGUCGCAUUGGCUAUUGGUGACAAGUUUGAGCCCUACUUGGAGGUGGUCAUGAUGGUGUUGCAGCAGGCUGGCAACAUGCGUGCUGAAAAGGAUAACUAUGAGAUGAUCGAUUAUGUCAACACUCUUCACGAAGGCAAUGUCGAAGCAUACGUUGGUAUUGUUCAAGGAUUUAACGGCUCACCAAAGAUUCCCCUCUUGUUGCAAUACAUGCCAAACAUUUUCCAAUUCCUGCAAGCUAUUGCUUUGGAUCCUCAUCGUUCGGAUUCCUUGACCCGGGCAGUGAUUGGUUUACUUGGUGACUUGGCUGAUGCGUUCGGUGGUCAACUCAAACAAUUUUUCCAAGUCGACUGGGUACCUCAUUUGCUUCGUGAAGCCAGGACAAGCCGCCACUAUGGCACUACCACAAAGGAAACUGCUCGGUGGGCUAAAGAGAUGAUCAGACGGGCAACUCAGUAA